AUGCCGCUGGUAAUCGAAAGAGUAUAUGUCCUGAAGCUGGAUGGUGCCAGCUGGACUGUGGGUGACAAGGAGCUAGAACCAACGGACCAUGGUCCGUUUGUGGUACUUCGUCCAUGGAGCCCGGGCUUGUGCAAGCUGCUUUCUAAGCAGCAUAGCAUAAAACUGCCAAAAUACCCGGCAAAGUCAUCGUUGUCCCAGAGCGAUGUUUAUCUAUCGCUCGUGGGCUCCCGAAACGAUGCCUCCAAGGAGCAGCAGUCCAAGCGGCAGGCAGAGAAACUGAAAGAACAGAGCUCUGGCCUUUUCGGCGGGGAAGACAGCGAGGCUGCUCUAGUGUCUGUAACAGGCAGCUCUCCGAGAAAAGCAGCGAAGACUCGCUUGUCCCGCCGUGCUUCCAGGGAAGCAAGAGCAGAAAAGAAUGUGCUGAAGGUUACCUGGAUGGGAAAGGAGAUCCGUGUCCUGGAGGCGGGCCAUGUCACGGAUGUGCCCAAAGUCCACUUGGAUGAUAUGGCAUUGUUCUUUGAAGCAACACAAAAUGCCGUGCUUACUGCUGAGUCUUUUCAGACUAGAGCACGGCAAAGCUUUCCUAAGGGAACUGCUGCGAAGGACAAAGUCGUGAAAAUCGGCCAAGGCCGCCAGGCUCAACGGACAGGCGACGACAGAAGGUAUUCGCUUGUCAAAAAAGCCGGGGCCAAGGCCCGGCCCUUGGAUCCCCUGCCGCUGCAGGAGGCUGAGGCGACUGCGGCUGCCAAAAGGGCAGCAAAAAGCCAGGGGCAGUCCUCCAAACGGAGGAAGCCUGGGGUGCUAGUGAACUGA